AAAAAUGCAAAUUUGAUAACAAGACUUACAGUAUGGAGCAAAUUUUGCUUAUGUUCUUAUCUGAUAUGGUUUACAAGUCUGACAUGAAAAAUUGCAAGGUUAAUGAUCCCCUCCCUAUUCUUCACAAUUAUUUCCAGUCUGGUGAUCUCAUCAUGGGUGCUAUUACUUCUCUUGUCCUCAUGCCUCCAGAUCCAGCUACCUUUACUGAAGAUCCCCAUCAUUCAUUUAUAAGAGAACCCAUAGUCCAGACUAAAUUUUAUCAGCAUAUUUUAGCUUUAAUAUUUGCUGUAAAGGAGAUCAAUGAAAACCCUCAGAUCUUGCACAACAUCACCUUGGGUUUCAAUAUUUUUGACAGCUACGAUGGGACAUGGACUUAUCAUGCCACAAUGAACCUUUUUUCACCAUUGAAGAGAAUGAUUCCAAAUUAUAAAUGUGGCUUUCAGAACAACCUGAUUGCAGUCAUUGGAGCUCUUUAUUCUGAAACUUCUGUUUACAUGGGAGAUAUCUUGAAAACCUACAAAGUUCCACAGAUUAUAUAUGGAUCACAUCCAGAGAUGCCCGAUCAAACUGAAUCUUUUUCCUUCUAUCAAAUGGUCCCUGAUGAAAGUUAUGAAUACAAAGGUCUGCGUCAUCUACUUUUGCACUUUGGAUGGACCUGGGUUGGGAUUCUUGUAAAAGAAGAUGACGAUGGAAGAUUUGUGAGAAUGACAUUUUCAACGUUUCCUCUUCAUGGCAUUUGUAUUGCCUUCCUUAAAAAAAUAAGACCAAUUUAUAUCAGUAGUAUUUCUGAGGAUCUAGAAUGGCUAGCAGAAAUAUAUCAUUUUUCAAUGAACAACAAAGCCAAAGCAAUAAUUGUCUAUGAAAGAACACUUCUGCAUUUGAGGUUACUACUACACCUUCCUAAAAUGGAACUAGUGUCUUUAGAGCCUAAAGGUAAGGUGUGGAUCAUGACUUCUCAGAUGGAUCUUGCAUCAGUGUUUUACCAAAAGAACUGGGACAUUCAAGACAUCCAUGGUUCCCUGUCCUUUUCAGUUCACUCCAGUGAAAUUCCAGGAUUUCAGGACUUUCUCCAGGCAAGACACCAUUUCUCAUCAAAGGAAGAUGGCUUUAUCAAUGAUGUCUGGGUACAUGCAUUUGACUGUUCCUUUCCCAAUCCUUUGGUAAAUGAUAAAGAUAGUGAUAUUUGUACUAUGAAGGAGAAACUAGAGGACCUGCCUGGGACUUUUUUUGAAAUGAGCAUGACUGGCCAUAGUUACAAUAUAUAUAAUGCAGUAUAUGUUAUAGCUCAUGCUUUUCAUGCCCUGCAGAUUGAGCAAAAACAAGAAAGAAACCUGUACAGAGGAAAACAAAAUCUUCAGACUCAGCAUUCAUGGCAGCUCCACCAGUUUCUAAAAAGCAUUGCAUUUAAUAACAGUGUUGGGGAUGAGAUUUUGUUUGAUCAGAAGAGGGAACUGAUAGUUGGAUUUGAUGUUAUCAACUGGGUCACCUUCCCCAACCAGUCCUUCUGUCGAGUGAAAGUUGGGAAACUGAAUCCCUCGACUUCUGAGGGCAAAAAGGUCAUCAUUCACGAUGAAGCCAUCACCUGGCAUGGAACUUUCAACCAAAAUGUGUGGGAAGGAAAGAAUGAAGAUCUUCCGGAGAUGAUGGUGGAGCUACUGGCAGGAACUCUAGGAACUGGGAAGGAAGAAAUGAUUAAGGAAAUGGAUGAAAUCUAUAGAAUUCACACAAAUGACACACGUAGACAUAAUUUACCUAGAGAAGUGCAUAUUAGAUUUGCUAAAAAAUCGACUCGCAUACCUAUUUCUCUGUGUACUAAGAGCUGCCUCCCUGGUAAUUUCAGGAGAAAGCAAGAGGAAAAACAAUUUUGUUGCUAUGAUUGUCUUCCAUGUCCUAAAGAGAAAAUGUCAAGCCUGAUUGACAUGGAUGAUUGUUCUGGAUGCCCAGAAGACCAAUAUACAAGCAUGGACCAAGAUUCAUGUAUUCCAAAGAGAAUAUCUUUCUUAUCCUAUAAAGAACCAAUGGGAAUAAGUCUAGUUAUUUUGGCACUCUUUUUUUCCUUUUGUACAAUUUUGGUGCUGUCAGCAUUUUUGAAAUAUCACCAUACUCCCAUUGUCAAGGCUAAUAAUCAAAAUCUCACCUAUGUUCUACUCAUCUCCCUCCUCCUCUGCUUCCUUUGCUCACUGCAGUUCCUCGUUGCACCAGGCAAUAUAAUAUGUCUCCUCCGACAAAUUAGCUUUGGCAUCAUCUUCUCAAUGGCUGUGUCUUCUGUGCUGGCUAAAACCAUCACUGUAGUUUUGGCUUUCAUGGCCACCAAGCCAGGAUCCAGAAUGAGGAAAUGGGUAGGAAAACGGUUAGCCACCUCCAUUGUUCUGUCUUGUUCCCUGAUUCAAGCAGGCAUAUGCAUUGUAUGGCUGUUCACAUUUCCUCCUUUUCCAGAUGUUGACACCCAUUCAGAAAUUAAGGAAAUGAUACUGCAGUGCAAUGAAGGUUCAGCUACCAUGUUCUACUGUGUCUUGGGCUACAUGGGCUUUCUGGCAGCUGCCAGUUUCAUAGUAGCUUUUUUCUCCAGGAAGCUUCCCAGUAGUUUCAAUGAAGCCAAAUGUCUUACAUUUAGCAUGCUAAUUUUCUGCAGUGUGUGGCUCUCCUUUGUUCCAUCCUACCUCAGCACAAAAGGCAAAUAUAUGGUGGCUGUGGAGGUUUUCUCCAUUUUGGCCUCUAGUGCUGGGUUGUUGGUUUGCAUAUAUUUCCCCAAAUGUUAUGUAAUAAUUUUUAGGCCAGAACUAAACAACCGGGAGCAACUAAUUAAAAGACAAUAUUAA